AUGCCACUCCAAGAGCUCGCGCAGCUGCUGCUGGACGACGCGCGGCAGGCCGCGGCGUCGCCGCAGCAGGUGCCAGAGUCGCCCUGGCCGGCCUACCUGUAUGUGCCCACAUACGAGACCUACACAAGCUGGGUGCUGGGCCGGCUGGCCCCGCCCAGCGCGGCGCCCGUUCGAAAGUGGGUCACGCAGCCCUGGCGGCUGGUGCAGGACCCGAAGGCGCCGCCGCUGCACAUCACGCCCGCGCGCUCUUCGCAGCUGCAGCACGCGGUGCUCUCCAGCCUGUCGGACGUGACGCGCACGCCGCUGGACCGCUGCCAGGCGCUGCUCGCGUGCACGGUGUCUGUGAGCUUUGGCGUGCGCACCAACCUCGACCUGGACGGCGGCGAGACGCUCGUCGCGCUGCGCAGCGCGUUCGGCCGCAUCGUCGGGGGCUUCGCGCCGUCCCGCAUCGGCGUGCGGCUGCUGAGCCCGACGCAGGCGGUGCUGGAGGCGGGCGCGGCACACCUGGUGGUCCUGGACUUUGGGCAGCCGCGCGGGCACCACAGGCGCGCGCUGGGGCAGCGGGAGCGGGAGCUGGUCGAGCUCCCGGAAAAGCAGCCGCAGCAGUUCUCGCCUUCCUCAAAGGAUGAGGCUGCUUAA